CUCCUCGGCGCAUCCGACUCGACCACGGUCGCCUACUUCCAGCAGCUCGCCGCCACGAGCUCGUCUGCAGACGCCCUCGCCCACACCUUGACCUCGAACGGCCUCGCCGCCUCGGCCGCCACCUCGCACUUUGCCCGCGACCUCUUCUCGCGCGUGCCUCGCCCCACCUCGCGCUCAAAGGAGGCCCUCCACGCCGACACGCGCCGCAAACUCGCCAGCGAGAAGCAGCAGCUCAACGGUCAGCGCUUCUCGCUCGUCCUCGACGACGACGCCAACAACGCCGACUCGACCCCGUCCACCUCGUCGUCGUCCAAGCCCCGCCGCUCGUCGUCGGCCGCCGACAAGGGCAAGGCCAAGGAGCGCGCCGACCCGGACCGCAAGCGCUCGGCGACGACCCGCAGGCGCGAGCGCGGCGGCGACGCCGACAACGAGGCGGACGACGACGAGGACCCGGCCGCGCGCGCCGAGCGCGAACGCCUGCGCGACCUCGCCGAGCGCGACGAGUUUGCGGCACGCAUGCGCGACCGCGAGAAGGGGCGCACCAAGGCGCUCGUCGGCGAGCGGCCCGGCGUCGUCGUCGGGCGCGAGCUCGACGCCGCAGGCGGCGACGACAAGGAGCAGAUGCGCGAGCUGCGCGGCCGGGCGCGCCAGGCGUACCUCGGUAAGCGCGAGCUGCAGCAGCUCGACUUGCUCCGGCUCGAGGUGGCCGACUUUGAGCGCGACUUUCGUGGCGUCAAGUUGACGAGGCGCGAGCAGCGCGAGCUCGACCACAAGAAGGAGCUGCUGCGCCUCGCCGAGGAGCGCCUCGCCAUCGACGACGGCGGCGACCACUACCAGAUGCCCGACGACUAUUUCACCGAGCAGGGCAAGAUCGACUCGCAGCGCAAGAAGGACCUGUUGACGUCGCGGUACACGGACGUCAAGCCGCAGCGGCACCACGGCGGCGUCCCGCACAAGGACGGCGAGUUUGUGACCGACCUCGAGCAGUACGAGCACGAGCAGACGGCCAAGGCCCAGUUGACGGCCGGCGCGCUCGACCGCGACGUCGUCGACCAAGGCGCCGAGUACGACUACGUGUUUGACGACGCGGUCCAGAUCCAGUUUGCGCUCGACAUGGAGGACCGCAUCGAGGGCACGGUCGACCCCAAGGAGGCGGCGCUCCAGGCCCAGAUUGACGAGGCCGAGCGCCGUGCCCAGUCGAUCGACGACACGCGCAAGUCGCUCCCGGUUUUCGCGUGGCGCCAGCAGUUCCUCGACGCCGUCAAGCAGUACCAGGUGCUCGUCAUCGAGGGCGAGACCGGCUCGGGCAAGACGACCCAGCUCCCGCAGUACCUGUACGAGGCCGGCUACUGCACCGACGGCAUGAAGAUCGGGUGCACCCAGCCCCGUCGCGUCGCCGCCAUGUCGGUCGCGGCGCGCGUCGCCGACGAGGUCGGGUGCCGCCUCGGCGCCGAGGUGGGCUACUCGAUCCGGUUCGAGGACUGCACGAGCGACAAGACCAAGAUCAAGUACAUGACCGACGGCAUGUUGCUGCGCGAGUUCCUCACCGAGCCCGACUUGGCGGGCUACUCGUGCAUGAUCAUCGACGAGGCGCACGAGCGCACGUUGAGCACCGACAUCCUCCUCGGCCUCGUCAAGGACAUUGCCCGCUUCCGCCCCGACUUUCGCCUCCUCAUCGCCUCGGCGACGCUCAACGCGACCAAGUUCUCCGAGUACUUUGACGACGCGCCCGUCUUCCGCAUUCCCGGCCGUCGGUACCCGGUCGAUAUCCUGUACACGCCGCAGCCCGAGGCCAACUACCUGCACGCGGCCGUCACGACCGUGUUCCAGAUCCACACGACCCAGCCCAAGGGCGACAUCCUCGUAUUCCUCACGGGCCAGGACGAGAUCGAGGCGGCGCAGGAGAGCCUCGAGGAGACGGCGCGCGCGCUCGGCAACAAGGUCGCAGAGCUUGUCAUUGCGCCCAUCUACGCCAACUUGCCGACCGAGAUGCAGAGCAAGAUCUUUGAGCCGACGCCCGAGGGGGCCCGCAAGGUCGUCCUCGCGACCAACAUUGCCGAGACGAGCAUCACGAUCGACGGCGUCGUCUACGUGAUCGACCCGGGCUUCGUCAAGCAGAACGCGUACAACCCGCGCAACGGCAUGGAGUCGCUCGUCGUCACGCCGUGCUCGCGCGCCGCAGCCGGUCAACGCGCCGGGCGCGCCGGGCGGGUCGGCCCGGGCAAGUGCUUCCGGCUGUACACCAAGCACGCUUUCUUGCACGAGCUCGAGCAGGACACGGUGCCCGAGAUCCAGCGCACCAACCUCGGCACGGUCGUGCUCAUGCUCAAGAGCCUCGGCAUCAACGACCUCCUCGGGUUCGACUUUCUCGACCCGCCGCCGGGCGACACGCUCGUGCGCGCGCUCGACCUCCUGUACGCGCUCGGCGCGUUCAACGACCGCGGCGAGUUGACCAAGAUGGGCAGGCGCAUGGCCGAGUUCCCGAUGGACCCGGCGUUGAGCAAGAGCAUCCUCGCGAGCGAGAAGUACAACUGCACCGAGGAGGUCCUCACGAUCGUGUCGAUGCUGAGCGAGUCUGGCUCGCUCUUCUACCGGCCAAAGCAGAAGAAGCUCGAGGCCGACACGGCGCGCCAGAACUUUGUCAAGCCCGGUGGCGACCACUUCAUGCUGCUCAACGUCUGGGAGCAGUGGCACGACUCGGGCUACUCGACGUCGUGGACGUACGAGCACUUUGUCCAGGUCAAGAGCUUGACGCGCGUGCGCGACAUCCGAGACCAGCUCCUCCAACUCUGCGAGCGCGUCGAGAUCUUUGUCGAGCCCAACCCGAACGCGAGCGACAUCGUGCCGAUCCAGAAGGCCAUCUCUGCUGGAUACUUCCUCAACACGGGCCGGCUCAACCGCAGCGGCGACGCCUACCGCACGCUCAAGACCAACCAGACGGUCCACAUCCACCCGUCGUCGUCCCUCUUCCAGCACCAGCCGCCGCCCAAGCUCGUCCUGUGGUUCGAGCUCGUCAUGACGUCGAGGGAGUACGCGAGGCAGGUCAUGGAGAUCAAGCCCGAGUGGCUCCUCGAGGGUGCGUCGCGCUCGUUCCCCUCUUCCUCCUUCCCCUCGCCCUCUUCCCCUCUCUCCCUGCCUCGUCUUUCCUCCCUCUCUGCGUCGUUCGUCCUCACGAUCGAGCGUCGCCCACUGACACCCUCGCGCGUCGCUCGCAGUCGCGCCGCACUACUUCAAGCCGGCCGACCUCGAGUCGAUCGGGACCAGG